UUAAUAAGCGACAGACGCGCUCUGGGGCAGGUCGUCGAUUACGAUACUUCAUCGUUGUUUGUCGUUUCGUUUCGACGAAAGAAGAAUGAAAGGCGACCUAGUGCUGUUUCUGCUCUUCGGUCUUCUGGUCUUCGUUUUCACGCAGGACGUGCGGGUGACUUUUUCCCGCCAAACGACCGGUGACGACACGGAGGGAGAGGAGGAGGCGUGCGUGACACCCGACGGAAAUGAUGGAACGUGUCGGCCCUUGGUCCGGUGUUUGUUCUCCUUGACCAAUGUCAGCGACGUCGAACGAUUUUCGUGCUCUUAUCAAGGGGUAGAAGGGGCGGGAAUCUGUUGUUCGCCCUCCACCGACCUGGCACCCAGAAAAGGAGCGGCUAGACCGACAGAAUUCGAUCCCGUGCCUUCGGUGGAUAUACCAGAAAUUACGCCCCGAGUGUUAAGUGCCGCGGCGGAAGAGGGUCGUCGGGUUGUGGAGGAAAUCGAUAAAUUGGAAGAAGAGUUAAUCAAACUAGGUCUGACGGUGAAGAGCGGCACCAAAGAAGCAUUCCAUCAGGCAUUCUUCGGUAGCAAACGUCGAAUUCAUGAGAUAGGCAAAAACGGACAGAUCGCUGUGGAAACUUCCCUGCACCUGGCCAAGAGUUUAGAGCUGAACAGUUUGCAAGGAAGAAGCCUGAAGAGAGUUAGCAUAAAGGAUACGCCUAUAAGUAACACCUGUCCCAAACCUCCUCCCUGUCCUUCUAGCAAGUACCGGACGUCUGAUGGGAGUUGCAACAACCUGAACAACCUUUCGUGGGGAAAGUCGUUCACUCCAUUUCAAAGAUUCCUCCCUCCCAAGUACUUUGACGGAAUCAACGCUCCCAGGAUAGCAGCAGAUGGAGGCCCGCUUCCCAGCGCUCGAGAUGUGUCUGACGCCGCUAAUCCCGAUAAAGAUGUGCCAAACGCCAUUUUCACCUUAAUCAUCAUGCAGUGGGCGCAGUUCGUCGACCACGAUAUCACUCUAACUGCCAUCACCAAGAAUAAAGACAAUGAAGGAAUUCUCUGCUGCGACCCCAAGAUUCAGAGGAAUCCCAAACUACUACAUCCCGCUUGCUUUCCAAUUGCUAUAUCCAAAAACGACCGUUUUUAUUCCAAAUUCAACGAGAGCUGCAUGGAAUUCGUCCGUUCUCUUGCCGCCCCUAAACCUGAGUGCACUCUGGGAAGCAGAGAACAGAUCAAUCAGCUGACUGCUUUCUUGGACGGAUCCAACGUCUACGGCUCCACUGAGGAGGAAGCCAAUAAUCUUCGUUCUUUCAAAGAAGGUAAAUUGAAGAAUUUGGAACUACAUGGCGAACAAUUCUUGCCUCAAGAGCAACACAAAAGCGAGGACUGUGCCAUUCGGGAACAGGCUUGCUUUCUGGCAGGAGACGAAAGAGUAAACGAGCAAAUCAACUUGGCUAUUAUGCACACGUUGUGGAUGAGGGAACACAAUCGAGUGGCCGAAGAGCUGAAAAAGCAAAAUCCCGGCUGGAACGACCAAAUACUAUAUUUAGAAGCUAGGAGGAUCGUGGGAGCUGAAAUUCAACACAUCACUUACAAUGAAUUUCUUCCUCUUUUGUUAGGUAAUAAUAUAGUAAGUUCGUAUGGUCUGUUACCCAAACCGUACGGAAAAAUUUUUGACUAUGACCCAGAACUUAACCCCAGCAUAGCCAACGGUUUCGCUACGGCUGCCUAUCGAUACGGUCACACCCUGGUACAGGGGUUUAUCGAUUUGUUGGAGAGAAAUGGUGAAGUUAAGGAAAAGGUACCUCUUUCUUCUACGUUUUUCAAUCCUAUACUCUUAUAUAGACCCAAAUACUUUUCGAAAUUCGUUCGAGGAUUAGUUGGACAACCGGCUCAAAAAUACGACAGAUUUAUAACCAGUCAGCUGACCAACCAUUUGUUCCAACCCCACGGUCAUCACUUCGGUUUGGAUCUGGUGGCACUGAACACUCAGAGAGGACGAGAUCACGGAAUCCCUCCCUAUAACGAAUGGAGGCGUUGGUGUAAGUUAAAACCUUUCGAAAGUUUCGACGAACUAAAUCGACUGAUGACUCCUCAAUCCGUACAGGCCUAUAAGAAAUUAUACAGAUCAGUGGAGGACAUCGAUCUGUUUACGGCUGGAGUAUCGGAACGCUCUGUCCCUGACGGAACUCUGGGAGAAACCUUCGCCUGUAUCGUAGGAGAACAGUUCAGAAGACUCAAAUUUGGUGACAGAUUUUGGUACGAGAACGGAAAGCUGGAAUCCUCCUUUACUGACGAUCAACUUGCGGAGAUACGAAAAACCAGUUUGUCUAGGAUCCUGUGCGACAACACGAAAGAAUUUGAUGCCGUUCAGCCCUUGGCAUUUAUUAGAGCUUCCAAAUGGAAUCCUAGAGUUCCGUGUGAUAGCGUGCAAAUUCCUAGACUUAAUUUUGCAAAAUGGAAGAACGAGCCCAAGCCAACGAUUAUUCCAUUGAUUUAUUUAAGGAUUUUUAUCGGGUUCGGUGUUUUUAUUCCGUGUCUACCGGGAAACGUUCCAGAACAACCGGAGGAAUACGAAGACGAACAAGAUAUACCGAUGCCGGAUAUUCGAGAGGAAGAUCUGAAUAAAGCCGGAAAAAGCGGUCUAAAAAGUUUUCGAGAUCUACAACAUUUAGAAGAAGAGUUGUGGCUAAAAGGAGUGACGUUGAAGAAAGGCAGUAAAGAGGCGGCUCAUCAAUCCCUGUUCGGAAAUAACAUCAAAGUGCGUCAAUUGGGCAGGGACGGUUUGAUAAGCGUAGAAGCUUCUCUUCACCUGAUGAAAAAGUUCCAUUUGAACGAAAUUCAAGCCAGAGAUGGAUUAUCUCAAUUUAGUGUUAAAGAUACGAUUAUUAACGACAGUUGUCCCGACGCAAAUAUCUUUUGUAGAAAUACUCAUUAUCGAAGCAUGGACGGUUCUUGCAACAAUCUGAAAAACCGACUUUGGGGAAAGUCCUUUACUGCCUUCGAAAGGUUAUUGCCUCCGGAUUACGCAGACGGCAUAAAUAAACCACGCGUAGCGAAAGACGGAAGCGAAUUGCCGAGUGCUCGUCUCGUGUCUUCUCGACUUUCUUCCGAUCAUAACGCCGCACACGGUUACUUGACCACCCUUUUCGUAUACUGGGGCCAAUUUCUAGACCACGAUUUGACGUUGACGGCUCUCAGCAGAGGAAACAAUGGAAGACGUAUCGAAUGUUGUGGAAGACAAAGCCGAAUGCAUCCUUCCUGUUUUCCUAUUUCCCUUCCAAAGAAUGACACGUUUUAUUCUAAAUUCGAUGAAACAUGUAUGGAAUUCGUUAGAUCGUUUGCAUCGCCCAGACCCAAAUGUAAUUUCGGAGCGAGAGAACAACUGAAUCAGUUAACAGCUUACAUCGAUGGGUCAAAUAUAUACGGUUCGACUAAAGAAGUGGCGGACGAAUUACGAAGUUUCAGCGGUGGUAAAUUGAAAAUCAAUUAUCAAAAUGGAGCGGUGAUGUUACCGAGAGUGAAUAAAAGAAACGAACAAUGCGAAAGAAAACAAACAGAACGCUUUUGUUUCAUGUCUGGUGAUAUAAGAGUAAAUGAAAACAUCAAUUUGGCCAUUAUGCACACCAUCUGGUUAAGAGAACACAACAGAAUCGCAGGAAAACUCCAGGAGAUUAAUCCUUCGUGGGACGACGAGAAAUUGUAUCAGGAAUCGCGUCGAGUAGUUGCUGCUCAAAUCCAGCACAUCACUUACAAAGAAUUCCUUCCGUUGUUACUAGGACAUACGGUGUUUAAUAUUUUCAAACUGAAUUUAAAAUCGAGGGGAUAUAGUUACGAAUACAAUCCAUCAAUUAAACCGUCGAUAUUGAAUAGUUUCGCUACGGCAGCUUAUAGAUUUGGACACACUUUAGUACAAGGCCUAGUCGAUUUGAAGAACGAAAAAGUCGUCACUCGUCAGUUCUCUCUUUCCGAUAACUUAUUUAAUCCGGCAUUGUUAUACAGAAAGAAUCACAUAGAAAUGUUACUGAGAGGAAUGAUCGAUCAGCCGUCUCAAACGUUCGAUAGAUUUAUUACUUCACAGUUGACCAACCAUCUUUUCGAGAGACCGGGAGAAAAAUUUGGACUAGAUUUGAUAUCGAUGAACAUCCAACGAGGAAGGGAUCACGGUCUUCCCGGCUACAAUCAAUGGAGGAAAAUCUGCAAACUAACUCCCAUUACAACUUUUUCGAAGUUGGAAGAAGUCACUGGAAAACAAACGGCUGAUAUAUUCCGUCGGUUGUACAAAUCGGUCGAUGAUAUAGAUUUAUUUGCGGCAGGAAUUGCGGAAUAUCCUAUGUCGGACGGCAUCGUGGGGCCGACGUUUGCUUGUAUAAUUGCCGAACAGUUUCGGAGACUUAAAUACGGAGACAGAUUUUGGUACGAGAAUGGCAAACAAGAAACGUCUUUUACUCCGG